CCUUUAAGGGGGUCCUUUGCCAGUGGGACCAUCAUAUGUGGGGGUCUGGGGCAACAAAAAGUUUAAAAGCCAUGAUUGAGGUCACAGAAGGUAAAAACAGGCUCCUCUGUGUUUUCAACCAACCUUGUGCAUAAACCAGGAAGAUGAGUAAGUGAGAAGUGGGCAAAUGAGGGCGUGUAGUACGUUGUAGUAAGAUAUUCAUGAUGUAGGUAGGCUAAGACUCCAUAGUAAAGUGGGCGUGGCUUCGUUUGCAGCGGCGGGGGUUGCGUCACUUCAUUCAUUCCCGCGGAACGCCUCCUCGCGCUCCCUCCCGUGCUGACGCGGCUGCGCGUGUUUACGUGAGGCGACUGCUCCCGUUUCCUGGCGGAGAAGAUGGCGGCUCCUGGACCAGGGGAGUAUUUCAGCGUCGGGAGCCAUGUCUCAUGCAUCACCUGCCUGGGGCAGCGCCUGCAAGGAGAGGUCGUCGCUUUUGACUACCCGUCCAAGAUGCUGACUUUGAAAUGUGCCCCGUCCAGCGGUAAACCCAAUCUCAGCGAUGUGGUGCUUGUUAACUUGGCCUACGUGUCUGAGGUGGACGUCAUCAGUGACCGUGCUGAAACUCCUCCCCCUUUAGCAUCUCUCAAUUUUAACAAGCUUGUGAAUAGAGCACGGGCGGAAAAGGAAGAGAAGUUGUUGCAAGCUUAUGCAGUUAGUGCUGGUGUAUCUGUAGAGGGCCAACAGCUCUUCCAGACCAUUCAUAAAACCAUCAAAGACUGCAAAUGGCAGGAGAAAAACAUCAUUGUGAUGGAUGAUGUGGUCAUCAGUCCGCCAUACCAAGUGGACAACUGUAAAGGCAAAGAUGGCAGCGCUUUAAGCCACGUGCGGAAAAUAGUGGAGUCUUUUUGGAAUAAAUGGGAGCACGCCCGGGGCAUGCUGUUGACCAUGGAAACGGGUUCCUGA